AUGAAUCGCGUUCCUCACAAUAAUGAUUCAUUUUCGCAACGUCUAUCUUCCUUCUUCUACUUGAUAGGGCCUAACUCAAAGAAUUCUGAUGCUUUAGAUUUACAAUUCCACACAUUUUUUCGUAUGUCGGUUGAUGUCUUGGCUCCCGGUUUCUGGGAGAUUGGCGCCUACAAAAAUAAUGUUCGCCGAAUAAAGGUGAGAUACGUGUUUAUUGAGUGCCAUAAAAAAGUGAAUUUUGAAUUUAUUACUUAUGAUUGCCUUCUUCAUUACAUGCUUAACCGAGCUCUUGAAAUUUUCAUGACAGACUGA